CGGUGUUGCUGAUUCACUGGCUCUUUCAAGUUUCAACCUAGGUAGUAGUUUGAACGGCAGAAAAAAGAAUGAGAGCCAAUAUGACUCAGCUGCGCGUGGUGGGGUACCCGAAAGUACUAUUCUUCUUGAAAUCCCUUUAUCGAAAGUUUUUUUUGGUCGAAUUUACGGUCCCAGAGAACAUUGAACUACAGGAUUAGUCUUCAAUCUUGACAAAUUCUUCAUAUCUGUGUUUAUAUCUGCAUCAUUGGGAAAAUUCUAGUUGCGGGACUCACUGCAAACUUGAAUCUCCGCCGCCAUGCCCACUGUUCAUCUCCUCGACUAUGUCGCUGGGAACGUUCGCUCUCUCGUCAAUGCGAUCAAUAAGGUUGGGUAUGAGGUUGAAUGGAUCAAGUCCCCGGAUGAUUUGAAAAAUGCGGAGAAGCUUAUAUUACCUGGAGUCGGCCACUUCGGCCAUUGCCUUUCUCAACUUUCAGAAGGGGGCUAUUUAGAGCCUAUAAGGCAGCAUAUAGAUUCAGGAAAACCUUUCAUGGGUAUCUGUGUUGGUCUACAGGCACUUUUUAGCGGAUCCGAGGAGGAUCCUGAUGUCUCUGGACUGGGGCUGAUCCCCAUGCGAAUGCAAAAAUUUACGGCCGAUACGAAGAGUGUACCGCACAUUGGGUGGAACUCAGCCUUGAAAACAAACAGUGGCUCUGAGGAGGCCCAAACAUUUUACGGUUUGAGCCCAAACAGCAAGUACUACUACGUUCACUCUUACGCCGCGCUUUACAAACCUGGUAUUCUCGAGAGUGGUGGCUGGUCAGUUGCUACGGCUACAUAUGGCGAGGAAGAGUUUGUUGGCGCGAUAGCAAGAAAAAACAUAUUUGCGACACAGUUUCACCCGGAGAAAAGUGGACAAGCUGGAUUACGCACUAUUCGUGCUUUCUUAAACGGGGAUGAAUUUCAGUCGCUUUCUCAGACAUCAGUUGCAGGGAAAAAUGAGGAUGGAUUGACCCGCAGAAUCAUCGCAUGUCUUGAUGUACGUACUAACGACGCCGGUGACCUCGUGGUUACCAAAGGUGACCAAUACGACGUCAGAGAAAAAGGUGACUUGGAUGCUGGUGGCCAGGUAAGAAAUUUAGGGAAGCCAGUUGACAUGGCGAAAAAGUAUUAUGAACAGGGGGCCGACGAGGUCACAUUUUUGAACAUCACAUCCUUCAGAAAUUGCCCGCUCAUAGACACGCCCAUGUUGGAGAUACUGAGAAGGACCUCAGAGACCGUCUUCGUGCCCCUGACAAUUGGAGGCGGUAUCAAAGAUACUGUUGACACGGAUGGAACUAACGUCUCAGCUCUUGAUGUGGCGACCAUGUAUUUCAAGUCUGGCGCUGAUAAAGUCAGCAUUGGUUCCGACGCUGUCACUGCAGCAGAGCAGUACUAUGAGGCUGGCGAAACACUAUCUGGCAAAACAGCAAUCGAAACGAUAUCAAAGGCCUACGGAAACCAAGCCGUUGUUGUGAGCGUUGAUCCUAAGCGUGUAUAUGUGAGCAGACCAGAGGACACCCAGCAUCAUACAAUCAAGACAGGAUCUCCAAAUGCUGCUGGCCAAAACUUUUGCUGGUAUCAGUGUACCAUCAAAGGCGGUAGGGAGAGCCGAGAUCUAGAUGUUCGGCAGUUGGUGAAAGCGGUUGAAGCGAUGGGUGCUGGAGAAAUCCUUUUGAACUGCAUCGAUAAAGAUGGAAGUAAUAGUGGAUUCGAUCUUGAGCUGAUCAACGAUGUUAAGUCUGCCGUUCAAAUUCCUGUCAUCGCGUCAAGCGGGGCGGGAAUUCCUGGCCAUUUCGCAGAGGUCUUUGAGCACACUACUACUGAUGCUGCUCUAGGUGCUGGCAUGUUCCACCGCGGCGAGUAUACUGUGAAUGAAGUUAAGGAACACCUUAAAGACGAGGGAUUCCUGGUUCGCAAGUUCGAAGCCGACAUCUAAGAGGCCGAAGGGGGAUUUCCUGCGGUAUUGCCAUUGAUUAUAUUUUUAAAGUCUGCUCAAAAAUCCUUAGAAGAAUUUAUAUAUUUAUGUUGAAAGAAAGCUUAGAGUAGACGAAAAUGCUGAACUGAUACGAUAUCAAGACUACGUCGGUACAAUUAUCGUUUAU